GAACAACCGGGCACGACGGGGGCAGCGGUCGCCGUCGCGAAGAAAGACGAUAAACAGUUGUUAUGGUGAUACUUUAACUUUUUUUCUUGCGUUAUAAUUAAAACACUUUCUUAGGAGCGAGGCGCGCUAUGCCAUUUAUACGUAGGCCAAUCACGGACUACAUGGAACAUCUCUCUCGUGCUUGUACUAGUUGAACAACCUGUUCAAGCUGAUGUAUGACAAGACUAAACUCACUCCUCUAACGAAAAUCCCGAACGCGACUGAUUGCGUCACUUCCUCCGACGAGGACCCGCAGCCAUCUUCUAAGAAGGCGAAAACAGACGCUAGCGAGAAAAGUCCUAGUGCUGCACAGCUCGUGACCGCGGAGUCGCAGAAUGGUAGCAUUGCUGGUGCUGGAGAUGCCAACGCUGAAAAGCAAGCGCAAGGAGAAGUGUCGC